AGACGUGCUGUUGUUGCGUCCUCUUCGUUGUUUUUAUCGUGAUUUAAAAAAAUGCGUGUUUUUAGAUAUAAACAAUGUUUAAACAAAGCAUUUGUAGUGUAUAAUAUAGUGAAAUAUUAAAGUUUAUAGAAAUGUGUUAAGAAAACAAUAUACAAAAAUGGCUAGCGGACGACAGAAUUAUGGAGACAAUGACAUUUUAACUGAAGAAAGGGAGUUUCGAACGAAAUGGAGUAGAUUUUCAGAAUGGUUGCACUGUAUUUGUGUGGUUACUUUCGAUUUAGAGUUGGGUCAAGCUAUGGAAUGUGUUUACCCGCCUGGAGUUAAUUUGACGGAUCAAGAGAAAUGCAAUAUUUGUUACUUAGCGUUUCCGGACUCGAAUUCUGGUUGUAUGGGAGACACGCAGUUUCAUGUGCGUUUACGAUCACGUAUGCCUCUAUCGCAACAGCAGUUGAAUUAUAAUGAAGAGAGUGUGCCAACUCUGCGUGCCGAUAACACACAUUACUGGGGCUUCGUAUACUUUCGACAGGUCAAGGAUCCCACCUUACCUCGAGGAUACUUUCAGAAAAGCAUUAUACUACUAACUAGAUUGCCCUAUAUCAAUUUAUUUUACAAAGUCAUUAAACUUCUCGCUCCCAGGCAUUUUGAAGAUGGUGAGAGAAGUUUGGAAGCUGCCUCUCAUGAUAUCAACAGAUGGCCCUCAUUAGAAGCAGGAAAAAAUGUACUGUUACCUGUCUUAGGCGCAGUUUUUCAGUCAUACAUACCUAAUUAUCAGACAGGAAAAGUUUCAAGGUCAGAUAUUGCUAAGCAAAUCCAUUCAACAGGUGUUCCUCAUAUACUUGUUUCUAUACAAGAUGUUAAUGUCUUUGAUGCCCUUUCAAGUUUAAUAUCCCAUUUACACUUAUUAUGGGAACUUGUAUUGACUGCUCAACCUAUUGUAGUUAUUGCAAGUUCACCGACUGAGUGUUCAGCACUAGUUCAAGCACUCACAUAUUUAAUACAGCCGCUUCCAUAUGCAGCAGAAUAUCGGCCAUACUUCACCAUACAUGAUAGUGAAUUCAAGGAGUUUACAAGAAAACAAUUCAACCCUCCUUAUGUAAUAUUGGGUGUAACCAAUCCAUUCUUUACAAAGACAUUGCAACAUUGGCCACAUACAAUAAAGCUUGGAGAUUCCAGUUCAGUAAAAACGAAACUAAGAAAAGUUGGUAACAUUAAGUUGUUAGAUGCAGCCCCAGGUGUGUUCACACAUUAUAAAACAUUUCUAGAAAAAGAUAAAACAAUUAUAAAGAAGUUACACAAUGGUAUGAGAACUGACCGUCCAUCUGAGGUGCAAACAGCGAUGGUUAAGCGCCAUUUAUUAGAGUUGACACAGAGUUUUAUGAUUCCCUUGGAGCGUUAUAUGGCUUCGUUAAUGCCCUUACAAAAGAAUAUAUCUCCAUUCCGAGCACCACCUGUACCAAAUCCAUUUAACCCAGAAGACUUUUUUGCAACACUCCAACAAGCAGGUCCUCAUUUAACAACAGGUAUUAAAGGAGAUUGGAUCGGGCUUUAUAGAAAUUUUUUUAGGACCCCAAACUUUAGUGCCUGGUUUCAUCAGAGGCAUAAUAAUUUGACAAACAAACUGCAUGCUUUGCAAUUAGAGGCUUUGGCUGAAAGUGAUCUUAAGAAAUGGUCAGUUGGUAAAAAAGAAGUGGAGAUUGUUGAUAUGGUGUUGAAGUUGAGGGAAGUUUUGAAGAGUGACCCUCCUGUAGCUGACAAUACUCGUACAUUACUCGCAAGACGACUUGAUGAUCUGAACUGUGUGCUGCCCGAAGAUAUGAAGUCUAUAUUGAAUGCGGCCUCGUGACAUUUAAAAUGCUGCGCCUCAGAAUUAAGAGGUUGCAGCGAAGACUGCAGGAACCAAUCAAGAUUUGACAAGUCUAUUAUAUGCAUGUGAAGAUAAGGAACAUUGGACCAAAAAAUGGUGCAAUUUAUUUUCUUAACUCUGAAUGAAAGAUGCUUGUUAUGAUAGAUAUUAUUUUUAAAUGAACAUUUGAAAUAUUUUUUUAGAAUUUAUAUUGGACAC